AUGGCAACACUAGCACCAGUUCAUGCGACUUCUUUCGACUCCAUGGAAUCUCGUAAGAGGAAAUUCAGUGGAGUUCCUUUACCUUAUUUGAUCCGACCUUUUAAGAAGCAGCCAGUUUACGACACCUACGCACUCUAUAACGAUUUCAUUGCAUAUUCUUCUCUCGAGGAUGGGUUCGAUUCUGAGAGUGAUGACGAGGACACAUCUGUGAAGGGUGUUAGAAUCUCUUUGGAGAAAACUAGUUUAUCUGAAACUGCAUCUGCGGGUUCGCUGACUGAUGAAGAAUACGUGGUUGUGGACGAUGUUGAAGUUAUGCCUAAAACUGAGAGAGCAGGAGCGAUUCAAAUGAUGGAACUCGCAAAAGGUGUUGAGGAUUUGGAACUCGACGAUGCAGGAUCCGACAGUGACGCUUGGGUGGUUCUGUAA